UUCUGUUUUCUCACCAUGCACAAUGCGGCGCCACCCAACAAAAGCGCGAUGUGAAGCACCCAUGAUACGACCACACAUGUUCCUCCCGCCAUGUCCAGCAAUAAUUAAUGAUGCCGUGCGCAUCCGGGACACUUUUUUUUGGAGCCGACACGUCACCCGCCCCUCCAGUGGCAUUUUGUUUUCCCCCCGAAUUGAUUCAGGAGCUUAUCUGGGGCCAAUUGAAGACGCAAGAUGGGAUGGCUGAAUGACGACACCGCCUUCCAGUCCAACAUCCCCGUGCCUCUGGACAUCACCGUGGCUGUGGUGUAUUCUCUCUUUGGAAUAUGCUCGGUGUUUGGCAACAGCACUCUGCUGUAUGUGUCCUACAAGAAAAAACAUGUCCUGAAGCCGGCCGAGUUCUUCAUCAUCAACUUAGCUGUCAGCGACCUGGGCCUGACUCUCUCUCUCUACCCGAUGGCCGUAACAUCCAGCUUCUACCACAGGUGGCUGUACGGGAAUACGGCUUGCUCCAUCUACGCCUUCUGCGGCAUGCUGUUUGGCAUCUGCAGUCUGAGCACUCUCACCCUGCUCAGCGUGGUGUGCUUUAUCAAAGUGUGCUUUCCACUGUACGGAAACCGGUUCAAUUGCCUUCACGGCCGUCUCCUCGUCGCCUGCGCUUGGCUCUACGCGUUGUUGUUCGCCUGCUGCCCGCUGGGCCACUGGGGCGAGUACGGGCCGGAGCCCUACGGCACCGCCUGCUGCAUCGACUGGCGUCUGUCCAAUCAGCUGCCGACAGCGCGCUCCUAUACCGUGGUGCUCUUCUUCUUCUGCUACAUCCUUCCGUGCGUCGUCAUGCUGGCGUCCUACGCGGGCAUCCUCGCCACCGUGCACGCGUCGCACAAGACCAUGAAGCAGCAUGCCUCCAGACACAUGCACAUGAGUAGCAUCCAGAUUAUUAUUAUCAAGUUAAGCGUGGCGGUCUGCAUUGGGUUCUUUGUGGCGUGGAGCCCGUACGCUCUGGUCUCCAUGUGGGCUUCCUUCGGCGACAUCGACGACAUCCCGCCUCUGGCCUUCGCCGUGCCGGCCAUGUUCGCCAAGACCUCCACUAUCUACAACCCCAUCAUCUACCUCACACUCAGGCCUAACUUUCGCAAGGUAUUUUUCAGGAACCUUGGCGCUCUCAAGAACUCCACGGGAAAAUGCUGCUGCCAGCCAAGAGUCAAGGUGAGACUUCAGUUAGUCCAAAGAAGGACUGAGCAGUUCCCGUUACCCAACUCGCCAGUGGUCGUGCUGAAAUGUCACAAGGAUACUGUUGAACGCUGCUCCGGGCGAUGUCCUCCAAUGGACGCUGGCGUUAAUCCCGCUCCCUUUGCAAAAUUAUUCAAGGAGAGAGUCGGUCCAAGUGUGAGCCGCACCAGGUCCCUGCUGUGCCCGACGUGCUCAAAACGAACUCCAGACAGUCUUAACAUUAACUUGGAGAUGGUUCCAGGCCAAGCAAAAGUGGCUUGGCCUUCAUUUACACAAUAAUUAAAUGAGCAAUACACAAAAUAUUGUUCAGGAAUGUGAAAUUAAAAGCCACGGCAUAUCAUAUUAACCUUGGUGUCACUACAUAUUAAUGUGUACAGGGUGUCCCCAGGUCAAAAGUGGCACUAAAAAGAAAAAAAAAAAGUCUUCUAUUUGUGUCCCCCCCCCCAACAAUAUUGAGAUGUUUUUACUGCAUGUGCCCACUUUGCCCUUUUUAUGCAAACAGUUGAACAGUCAUAGUUGCAUAUUAAACCAUUCACAGCAGAUACAAAGUACUCCACUCAAAAGUUGAUAAAUAUUAUCUAUAGUUUGUUGCUGUGGGUUAAUUAAUUAACACAAUAAACAGCAUUGCCAAGAAUGGGA